AUUAAAAACCUUUUUUUUUUCUUUUGUUUCUUCCUUUUUUUUUUAUCUAAGCAUACAUAUAUUCUAACAAUGUCACAACAACAGCAACAAGUGCCUACUUUAAAAUUAUUGCUUAUUGGUAAUUCAAAUGUAGGAAAAAGCUCUUUACUUUUACGAUUUACAGACGACACUUUUUUACCUCAAGAAGAGGUUUCUGCUACUAUUGGUGUUGACUUUAAGGUUAGCAUGAUGGAAGUUAAUGGGAAAAUGUAUAAAUUAACUAUUUGGGAUACUGCGGGACAAGAACGAUUUAGAACCUUAACAUCAUCGUAUUAUCGAGGAGCACAAGGAGUUAUUCUAGUCUAUGAUGUUAGUAAUAGAGAAACUUUUGAUGCAUUAAAUAACUGGUGGAAUGAAGUGAAUACAUAUUGCUCAAGUCCUGAUGUAGUUAAAAUGAUAGUUGGGAACAAAGUUGAUAAGGAAUCAUCACGAGUUGUAACAUAUGAAGAAGGAGCCAAUUUUGCUAAAAAAUUAUCUACCUUAUUUGUAGAAUGUAGUGCUAAAACCAAGGUAGGCGUUAGACAAGCGUUUGAAGAAUUAGUUGAGAAGAUAAUUGAAACACCAAGCUUAUGGAGAAAAGAUGCUAAUUCUAAUUCAACUAUUAAAACGCUUAAUAAUGACAAACAACAAAAUGAAUCAAGCUUAUGCGCCUGCUAAAAAUAUGUUUCUUUUUUUUUUUACAAUUACUACAAUAAUAAUUCUUUAUUUUUAUUAUUCUUUUUUGUUUGCUACAAAAAAAAGUAUAUUCAUUUACUUUUUUUCUUCUUUUUAUAUAUAUAAAUGAGCGCUCAAUAUCAUAGUCUAUAUACCAGUAUAUAGAGAGAAGAGUAAUUUCAUAUAGAGUAAGUAGUAAGAACAUAAUUUAAGAAGCAUAAUUGGUGGGCCCCUUUCUUUUUUUUUUUUUUUUUUUUUUUUUU